AUGCCGAUCACGUUGAACGUUUUCUUAGAAAUUUAUCGUCAAAGCACCGAUUGCGCGUUUAAGAUGAGGAUUAUGGUGGUAAACGGCACAUUACGGCAAUGUGAUAUUACUCUGAUCGCGGUAACGGAAGACAGAGAAAAGUGUAGUGACUCGCUCGCUAAGUUGUUAGAACAGGCAACGCAAUUGAUUACAAUAGAAAUUAUGGUAACAAGAGACAUUGUAAAAUGGCUAGUUAGCAAAUACGAUUAUGUAAACUACUGUUGCAGUUCGCGAAGCUCUCUUCGUGCCCAAGAGAUGAAUACAUCUUUCUCUCCAGGAUGUCUGAUAUUUAAUACAAAUCCCAAUAUUUUUAUUGAAUUCAGUAUUGUUAACAAAUAUCUCGUGGAAGGAUAUUUUAGAGUUUUACGUUUUUCUACGAAAAUUAUUUUUCAUUGUUUCUUUUUUAACAUAACCUUCUUCGGAAAAUUAUUUUAAAUUAUUCGCCAAACUUCUCUUCCUCCUCGAUGAAUAAAAUCUCACUGAUCUUUCUUUUUUCCUUUUUUUUUUCUUUCAUCUCGAUUACGAAAUCUUAACAAAAAAAAGGAAAAAAAAAUUCUACCACGCUCGCAAUCCCUUUCACACGAGGGACAAGCCAGUGUCUACGACAAUGAUAGAAGGGGCACGUGAAAUUUCAUGUAAUCUCAGGUGAGAGUAAACACAGGGUUGGGUGGGGUGCACGCAGGAACUAUUUCGCUCAUUCUUGUACCGUUCACUGAUUAUGCUUCCGUUUAUAAGGCUUGA